AUGCUGAUAACAUCCACCACAACACAAACUGUCAUUUUCCCAUUGGUUGCCAAACUGCCUCUGGGUCUUUUCAUCCGUGGCAUCGAGGAGGACAGUCGCAGCAGAAAGGAGGGACUUUUUGUUGAAGAAGAGUGCAUCGUCAAGAUCAAUAACUCCGAUCUCAUGGACAAGUCAUUCAGCCAAGCCCAGGAGAUAUUCCGCCAGGCCAUGCGCUCUCCUAUUGUGCGGCUGGAGGUGGUUUCUUCUGCCAACAGAGAGCGAUACGAGAAGAGUCUGAUCGGACAGCUCUUCAACAGCACCCCGGCUCCAGAAGGCAGUCCCCGGGGGCCCAGAUCCAAAGAGCCCCCUCCUCCAGUGAAGGCCAAACCUGUGUUCAGACCCCCAGAGAGCACAGCCAUGAGGAUAGCAGAAGACCCAGUGCCAAUGGAGCCACGUCCACAUACGCCACGGAGCAGAAGCCAGAGCCCUCACUCCAGGAAGAGUCCAGGGUUGUCCAGCCUUGUGUCUGGAAAACGCACAGGGAGACGGCUUAGGAUCGAUUUGAAGAAAGGUUCUGAGGGGCUUGGUUUCACAGUGGUCACCAGAGAUUCCUCGGUCCAUGGUCCGGGGCCAAUUCUAGUCAAAAACAUUCUUCCUCGAGGAGCGGCUGUCAAAGAUGGACGCCUUCAAUCUGGAGACCGCAUCCUGGAGGUGAACGGAGUGGACAUCACUGGAGUGGGGCAGGAGGAGCUGGUGUCCAUGCUGCGGAGCACUCGGCAGGGAGAGAGCGUCAGCCUCGUGGUUCUACGACAAGAAGACAUGUUCCUGCCCAGAGAAAUGAAAGAAGAAGUUCCACGUGGGCCUUACUUUAUCCCAGAGAGUGGGAAAGAGCAGCUGAUGUUCGAGAUCCCACUGAACGACACGGGAUCGGCUGGACUCGGUGUCAGCCUCAAAGGAAACAAGUCCAGAGAGACCGGGGAGGACCUGGGCAUCUUUGUCAAAUCCAUCAUUCACGGAGGAGCCGCUCACAAGGACAGCCGGCUGCGAGUGAAUGACCAGUUGGUGGCCGUGAACGGGGAGUCUUUGCUCGGAAGAUCGAACCACGACGCCAUGGAAACGCUCCGCCGCUCCAUGUCCCAGGAGGGGAAUGUCAGGGGCACCAUUCAGCUGGUUAUCCUCCGGUUGUUGCUGGAUCACCCAGGGGUGUCUCCAAAUCGCUCCUUUGACAGUUCGUCUGGGAUAAGGAUGAGUCCAGUGAAUGGACAAAGUAACGGCAGCUUCCAUCCCGCAAUGGUCAACAAUGUCCUCUAUGGAUCGAAUGUGGCCAAUGGGAGCUACUCUCACAUGGACGAGGAGGAGGAUGCGGAGUUGUAUGGACAAGAUUUCUCCCUCCAGCAGAACGCAUAUCUGCAUGAGAGUUUCCGAAACAACCUGAACUACGUGUUGUCCCAGAGCCAGAAUCCUCGUCAGUUUGUCCACGUGAAGGCGUCAAAGAGCAUGGACUUGGGUACGGCCGCGAGCCGGCAGCACACUGUUGAAGAUGAAAGCAACAUUGGAUCCAUCAACGGAAACGCCACAGCUUCCCCGACUCCCAUGGAGCUGGGUCCGACACUGGGUCUGAAGAAGUCCAGUUCGUUGGAGAGUUUGCAGACGGCGAUGUCGGAGGUGAACAGGAAGAACGAGCUGCUUCCGUUCCAUCGGCCUCGUGCAAACAUGGUCCGAGGAAGAGGCUGCAACGAGAGCUUCAGAGCUGCCAUCGACAAGUCCUACGAUGGGCCGCCAGAGGAGGAUGACGGCCGUGUCAACACCGCCACACAGGCUCGCCGCGUCUGUCACCCCCUUGAAGAGCUGCUCUGGAGCGGCGGCUGGUAA